AUGGAGAAUAACGAAAUCAUAGAAAAAGUCCCUGACUAUACUAUAACGGAUAAUUUGAAAAAAAAUGAAAAUGUAUUAGUAUAUACAAAAUAUGAAUUCAUAUAUGCUUAUAUAGAGCUCAUAUUAAAUGGAAAAAAUUUAGGAGAAAAUCAUGAUUUACCUUUAUGUAGUAAUUCAUUUAAAAUAGAAGAUAUAGAAGAAAAUAAAAAAGAAAAUAUGGAAUAUUGUGAUAAUAAUGAAGUGGUAAAUAAUAAUGAAAUAGGAAACGAAGGGUUUGAUAAAUAUAAAAAUAAAAAUGAUUUUUUUAACCGAGAUAAUAUUAUGAACAGAAAUAAAUUAAAUGAAUCAUUUGAUUCAAAUAAUGCAUUAAAUAGUAUUAAUAAAAGAAAUAACAAUUUAUUAAAAAAUCAAAAAUUUAUUAAAAAUAAUGAUUUAAAAUUUGCUGAAGGAAAUAUAACUCCUAUAAAUCAGUCAUGUAAUAGCAAUGAUCAUAUUAUGAAUAAUCUUAACAUACAUGAUAAUUCAGAAAAUAAUAAAAAUAAUUUUUUUAAAAAAAAUAAUCUAAAUAUUGAAAAUCCAUACAAUAAUAAUAGUGCAAAUUCUAACACUUUUGGAAAUAACAACAUUCGAGAAUCAAAUAAUGGAAAUAAUAAUAAAAAAAUUAUUUGGAGAAAAAAUGAAAGGGGGGUAGGGGAUGGAUCGAUAUCUUGGCGAUUUGGAAAAUCAAACAAUAACAAUGAUGGGCAAAUAACAAAUAAUAAUGAUAAUGAUAAUAUUUCCAAAAUAGAAUUAAAAAAUUCAAAUAAAAAUUUUAAUAAUAUGAAAUUAUCUAAUUCUAAUAAUUCAGAAGAUAACAAUCAAAUUAAUGAUAUUUCUAGACAUUCUAACAAACAUAAUAAUAUUAAAGAUAGAAAUAUAAAUAACAACAAACGAGAAGAUAUAUGCAACGAUUUUAAUUUUAACAAUAAUUCUUCGCAUUCUGGAUACAACUUUACAAACAAUGAUAAUACAUUAAAUGAUAUUCAAAAUAUAGGAACAGAUCCAAAUAAUAGAGUUAACAACAUAACAGAUAAAUAUAAAAAGAAGCAAAUAUAUCAAAAUACAGGAACAAAAUAUGGUAAUAAUUUAAAUAAUAACAAAAGUCAACAUAUUUUGAAUAAAAAUGGAUAUAAUAACUUAGAUGCUUAUUUAUCUCCAAAUUAUAACACAGAAGUAGAUAAUAUGAAUAACAAUGGAAAUAUAAAUUCAACAAUUGAUGAAUUAAAAUAUAAAAAAUAUAAAAUAUUUGGAAAUAACAUAAACUCGACUAAUAAUGAUUCGAUUAUUCAUGAAGACAAUAAAACAAAAAAUGGAAAUGAAUAUUUAGCUAAUAAUAUUAUGAACAAAAAUAAUGAUUCCACAAAAUUAAAUAUGCACAUGAAUAAAAAGGCGAUGGAUUCAAAUAACAAAUAUCAACUUAACCAAAUUCAAAACCAUCGAAAAUAUGAAUAUAAUAAUAAUAAUAUAAAUGGAAUAUAUGGUAACACUCCAAACAGCGGACAUGAUACAAAUUAUGAUAAAAAAAAUAACAACUUUUAUUACACAAAUGGAAAUGUGAAUACAAAAGUUUCCACCGAUUCUAACCAGAUACAAAAUAGAUCCACAAAUAAAGAAAGAAAAGGAGAAUAUAAUACCCCAAAUAAUAAUAAAAAUUUAGGAAAAAAUAUUCAAGAUUUAGAAAAUAUAAAUAAUGAUAAUAGAAAAGGUGGAAAAAACAAUACAAUGUCACAACCAAAUUUUUUGGAUUCUGGAAAAAUACAAACAAAUAAUUUUUCUAAUAAUAAUUCUUAUUUUAUUACUAAUAAGCAUUUAAAAAAUAAUGACAAAAAAAAUUCAAAAAACAUUGCAGAAGAUGACUGGAGUAAUAUUAGGAAAAAAAAUUUAGAAAAAAAUAAAAAGAUCACAGAUGAUUUAAUAUGGUAUAAAAUAAAUGAACAGUUUGAUUUAAGUAGUAAUAAAGGAGGUUCUAUUGGAUUAAUAGGAGGCAUUGGAAUAAAUACUUUUUCACAAAAUGAAUUAAAUAAUAAUAAUAAUAAUAAUAAUAAUGAAUUCUUAAAAAAUAUUUCUAGUAAAUUAAAACAAAAUGAAAAUACAAUAAAUGACGAAAAAACAAAAACGUUGAACAAUAUAGAUGGAAAUAAAAACAAAAAAGAAGAACCCACCACAAAUAAUAAUAACCUUAUAAAUAAUGAAAAAAAAAAAAAAGGAAAAAAAAAAGGAAAAAAUGAUAAGGAUAAAACAUCUAACGAAACAGACAAAAUAAAUAAAACAGAUGAUGAUAAUACUCAAAACAUGAAAAUAAAAAAUUCCUUGGAAAAUAUAAAUCCUAGGGAAACAAGUAAUGAUAACAAAAUAAAUAAUUUUCAUAAAAUAUUUGAUAAUAAAAAAAAUUCUAAUUAUUUAUUUUCUGAUAGUAAUGUUAAUAAAGUUUAUACUAAUGAUAAAAAUAAUAUCAGUAAUAUUAACAAUACUGUCAAUUUUCACAAUUUAAAUCGAUAUAAUAAUUUUAAUGAAAAAAAGGAAUAUAUUCUAAAUAAAUUAUAUAAUAAUACUAAUAAAAACAAUUUACAGGGAGAUCUUAAGGAUUUAAAUAAAUCGAAUAUUCAAAAUCGAAGUUUUGGAAAUAUAUCACAUCCGUAUUAUCAAUCAUUGGAACCCUCUACCUAUGAAAAUAAAUAUGACAUCAAGAAAUAUAUUGAUAAACCUCAAUCUAACAUACAUACUAAUAAUAAUUAUUUACAUUUAGAUUCAAAAGAUCCUUUAAAUAAUAUUAGAUCCCAUGCUCCUAACAAAUAUCAUAUAGAUUUAUCAACAAUAUUAAACGAUCAAACUAACAAUUCAAAUUUUACUUUCACAAAAUUUAGGGGAUCAAAUACUACAGAUAUACCACAAGAAAGUAUAUUACAAAAAAUUAAAAAUAAAAAUAAUAAUUCUGAACAAAAUUUUAUUAACACUAAUAUCAAUGAAAUAUCGAAUUCUUCUAAUACAAAUCUAUCACAUACUAUUCAUGAUAAAUAUCCUUAUUCUUUUUCUAGAAACAUAGGAAUAAAUGAAAUAUAUAAUAAUACAAACAUUAGUUCAAUCCAAAAUAACACAUCUACAUCUAAUUCUUCAAGUUUCAAUGUACAACAAAAUUCUCAAAUUCUAUCAAUACAUAACACUAUUACAGAUUCAAAAAUAUUAUAUGAUAAUGUUAAAAAUAGGGAGAAUAACAUGUUUAUAGAUGAAAUAUAUACAGACAAUAUUAAUAAAUCAGAGAAUGAACCAUCUAUUAAUCAAUCAAACAAAACUAAUAAUGUUUUUAUUUUUAAAAAAAUUAUGCAAAUAUUUAACAUAGAUGAAAAAGCAUUUAACAAUUUAAAUGAAAACAAAAAACGAGAAUUAAUUACCCAAUUGAUGUUAGAUAAUUUUAAUUUGAUUAAUUCAGAAAAAGAAAUAAAUGAUAAACAAAUCCAAAUUCAAAAUAAUUCAAAACAUCUUAGCAACCCUCUUUAUAUUACUAAUAUAAAUGAAAAUAGUACAAAUACAUUAUCCUAUAUAGAUAAUAAAACAAAUAUCAAUGAUUUUAAAACAAAAGAAACUCAAUUUAAUAUGACAACCCCUAACAAUACAACAUCCAUAUCUUCACAAUGUAUUGAAAAUAAUAAUACACAAACAGAUGUAGAAAAUAAUAAUAAUAAAAAAUCAUUAAAUAUAAAUAAAUGGUUAAAUUUUAUUGGAAUUUCCAGUAGUAAAAACAAUAAAGAUGCAUCUAAAAAUAUAUCAGAUACAAAUAAUGCAAAUAUGGAUGCCAUUAUUCAAUGUUCUAAUCAAAUUGACACCAAUAAUUCUAAGAAUCGAGUCACAAUUAACAAAGAAGAAAUGGCUUCUGAUUCUACACCUUUUGAAAAUACUAAUAGAAAUAAAGAUAAUAAUUCUACUGCUCAUAAUCAGAUCUCAAAUCCUCAAAUUAAUUAUAUAAGAACACAUUACACAUCUAAAGAUAAAAUAGAGGAUUCUAUUCUAUUACCAAACGAAAAAACAAAUUCUGAAAAGCAUAGUAAUGAAAUUACUCUAACGCAAAAUGAUUUAAAAGCUAAUUUAAAUAAUAACAAUACUGACAUUUCAAGAUAUAUCGAAAUAAUAAAUAAAGUUAACAAAAUAAAAGGAAAUGUAUGGCAAUAUAAAGAUCCAUCAGGAAAUAUACAAGGCCCAUUUUCAUCUGAACUUAUGUUUUUUUGGUGGCAUUCAAAUUAUUUUCCUCAUGAUUUACCAGUACGAUUUAGUCAAAAUAUGCCAUGGUUUAAUUUUAAUGAUCUAUUUCCUAGGGGUUCUAUGCCUUUUGUUAUUCCUUUUAUUUAUUUAAAAGAUAAUUUAUUUCAAAAUAAUAAUAUUACUCAAAAUAUUUCACAUAAUUUGCAUAUCAAAGAUGGUGUAGUUGCUAAAGAAACGUGUAACUUACAGGAUAACAUGAAAAAUGAUCAAGGUUUUAAAAAUGAUCAAAAUAAUGAACCCAUAGAAAAUUAUUCGAAUAAACAAUAUAAACAUUUUCUUAUUAAACAAAAAAAAGAAAUAGAAUUAUUGUUAUUACAAGAAAAAACCCCACAAUUAAUUGAAGAAAUUAAAAAACAACUUCAAGAGGUAAAUGAUUUGAUAGAAAAAGAAAAUCAAAAAAAUAAAAAUAUUGAUAGUGACAAUCUAAAUGCUCUUGUAUCUGAAAAAAACAAUAAUAAUGAAUCGCCUUCGAUCCCUAACCAUUCUGAUAAUUCUAACGAUUUGUCAAAUAUUAAAUAUAAAAAAAUGUCUAAAAAAUUAGAAAACGAACAAUCUAAUACUCUCAAACCCAAUAACGCUAAAUUUUCUGACGAAUUAGAUGUGGAUAAAAAAAAAAGAAACGAAACAAUAAUAGAAAAUACAAACAAUCACAAAAUUUUAGAUAAUAAAAAUGCCGGCGAUAAUAAAAACACUAAAAGUAGCAACGAUAAUAAUAUGCUAAAUUAUAUUAAAAAUUCAGAAAUAUCAUCCCCCCAAAAUUCUGCAUCGAAUCUCAAUACAUCUACGAACAUAGAAAAACGAAAUGCUCAGCCCAAAAAUAAAAAUCAGAAAAAUGUGGUAAAAAAAAAUAGUACAACACCGAGUGCAAACAAAAAAACUGAAAAAACAACAAAAAAUAAAGUGAAUAAAAAAAACGAAAAUAAAUUGGAUAAGGGUGAGGAUAUUGGUGAUAAAAAAAGUGAAGACAAAAAAAAUGACGAUAAAAAAAAAACAGAAAAAAUGAAAUGGAGUACAACUGGGGAAAGGAAAAUUGAAAAACUUGUAGAUAUUAUGAAAGGGGAAGAAACAAAAAUAAAUAUGCAAAUUAAAAUUGAAAAUUCAAAAAAAAAACAAGAAAAUGGAAAUAAUAAUAGUAACAAAAAUAAAAAACUGGGAUGGGAUGUUAAUCAUGUUACAAAAAAUAAAAAAAAUACAGAUAACCAAGAAUUUCCAAAUUUAACGCAAUGUAUUAUAUCUAAACAAAAUAAAACAAAACAAACAAAAAAUACCACUCAAAAUAACAACAGCAAUAAUAAUAAUAAUAACAAUAAUAAUAAUAAUAAUAAUAAUAAUAAUAAUAAUAAUAAUAAUAAUAAUAAUAAUAAUAAUAAUAAUAAUAAUAAUAAUAACAAUAAUAAUAAUAAUAAUAAUAAUAAUAAUAAUAACAAUAAUAAUAAUAAUAAUAAUAAUAAAUCGAAUAGCAAAAAGGGAAAAAACAAAACCGAAACAAACGAUAAUGAAACAAAAUUCCCUCCAAUUAUUUCGCCAAAGGGAAAUAAAAGUACCAAUAAUAAAAAAAAGUCAAACAACGCAGAACAUAAGGAAAUAACUGAUCUAAAGCAAUUAACGAGUUUAUGUAAAUUGCCACUUGAUGAGUCCUUAUUAAAUUUUUUGAAAAAUUUCAAAAAAGCAGAAGAAAUAUUUGCUUUCCUUCAGCACAGUGUUGAGGAUAAAAAAAAACUCACACUAUUUUCAAAUGAGUUUAUUAAAAUAAAUAACAAAAUUAAUGCGAAUAAAAUAAAUGACGUAAAUAACAAGAAAACGAAAUAA